AUGUCCAAUCGGCAAAGAACAACAUCCAGUACUCGAAGUUCGCAAGCAUCAGGAACUCGAAACUCGCAAACACCAAGAAGUUCUCAAGCAUCUGUACAAAACCCUGCUCCAACACAAACUUCUACAGCAACUGUGCGCCGUUCAAGAUCAGAAAGGGAACCAGCUGCACCAGUACAAAACCCUCCUCCAACACAAACUUCUACAGCAACUGUGCGCCAUUCACGAUCAGAAAGGGAACCUGCUGCAACAGAACAAAUUCCUCCUCCAGCACAAGAAAACGUGACAGUGGUUAAUCCCAUUCAAAUUGCGACUUCAUCUGAAAUUUCAGAAAAUGAAAUCGAUCCAACAGAUCCAAUUUCAUUUUUUACCCAAAGAGAAGCAGAAUAUAUGGAAUCAUUUGUUGAUGUUCCUGUAAAUGAUGUACCAGAGCCAAAGAUCAAAGAACCACUAAAAAUUAGGAUCGAAGAAAUUUUAAGGGAGCAACAAAAUAAUCGUCUCACAAAAUUGACAAAUUUGACAUGCAAAGAUUUUAGAGAUUUAUUACAUCUUUAUUUUAAUACUCUUGAACACAAUCAUUAUAAACACACUAGAGUAUCAUUGGAAUCGAGAUUGCUAAUAACAUUAACUUGGUUGAAACAUUCUGGUUCAUUUAAAGAAUUAGGAGCACAAUUUGGAAUCAAAAAAACACAUACAAGAGUUAGUACACCAGUCUUGGGUAUGGUGGCACUGCGUUCCACCUUACCCAAUACUUGUGAAUUUGACACUUUACAAAACCACUAA